AUGGGCUCCCAUUUGGGGAAUGGAGAAUUAGGAUUUGAUUCAAUUAAAGUGAACGAAGAUAUGCAACAACAGAUAAUAAAAGAGACAUUUCAACUGGUCUCAAAGAGAGAUGACAAUGUCUGCAAUUUCUUAGAGGGUGGAAGUCUUAUCGGGGGUUCAGACUACAAAUUAAUAUACAGACACUAUGCCACUCUGUAUUUUGUGUUCUGUGUUGACUCGUCGGAGAGUGAACUCGGCAUUUUAGAUUUGAUUCAGGUUUUCGUCGAAACGUUGGACAAAUGUUUUGAAAAUGUUUGCGAGUUGGAUUUGAUAUUUCACGCUGACGCCGCCCAUCAGGUGUUGGAUGAACUGGUUAUGGGCGGAAUGGUGUUACAGACGAACAUGGCGGAUAUAUUGUGCAGAUUGCAAGAGCAGAAUAAGAUGCAAAAGGCUGAGGCGGGAAUCUCGGCGGCACCGGCAAGGGCCGUGUCAGCUGUCAAAAGCAUGAAUUUACCACAACAGUUGAGGGAUAUGAAAUUGCCAGAUCUGCCCCAGGCCAUCAAGCAGGCGUAUCCUAACACGCCGGUUGCCAUAGCAACGAAUAUUUUAACAUCGAUCUACCAGCAAAACGACAAAUAUCAAAAUAUACAACAGGAUUUCAAAUUUUUCGGAUCGGAAACACUAAGUAACCGAUUUUCGGAGACGUUUUCCGAAAAUUAUCAACAGACGGAUGGACUAAAUUUUCCGAAUUAUGAAAGUAAUAACUUUGGGUAUCAAGACUUAAAAGGGGGUGCUUAUGAGAAGAAAAAGAAGAAGAAGAAAAGUAAACGUUAA